GGACUCGGGGCGGACCCGGGGGGGGGGCGGAGUCACGGAGAAUAAACCCCAGAGUCCUGCGGCGCUGCUGCCAGAAUCCUCGGCUCCAUCAUGUCUCUGCAAGGCUUAUACAGCAACAGCAGCGAGACGAACACGACCGGGGCACAGGACUGGACCCAGGUGUAUGAAGCGGUCCAGUGGAUCCAGCUGGUCGUGGCUCUGCUCAGUGUUCUGGGAUCUGGCUCCAUCAUCGUCUGUGUGACGUUACAGAGGACGCUUCGGACGCCGGAGUUACAGCCUCUGGUUCUGCUCAGCGUAACGGACCUGCUGCUUGCUGCCUGCUGGCUCGCCGGAGCCGCUCUGUUCUCCAGACACUGUGACAGCCUCUACACCUACUGCUACCACCUGCACACGGUGGAACAGAUGCUCUACAUGGCCUCAUUCUUCUACACACUCAACUACCUGUGGGACCUGUACAAACGAAUCCGAGAGAGGUUCUACAGCUGCCUGGUCGGAUACCCCAUACAGGUUUCUAACCGAGUGAGCAGAGCUGGAAAAGCAGCCGCGCUGCUGUCAGGGCUGGUUCCGGUUCUGCUCAUGACGCCUGUCUUCAUCCAAGGAAACCUCAGCAAGUGCCAGGCCAACUUCAGCCAGCCCUACAGGUGUCUGCUCAUGCACACCGGCGCUCUGUACCUCACCUCCGAGCACCAGGCCACGCCGGGCGCCUGCAGCCUGCUGCACACCUACGCCAUCGCCGUCUUCCUCGCCGCCUUCCUCGCCACGCUCUCCAGCGUCACGGCGCUCGUGGUCAACGCGCGGCGCAUCUUCCGGCGCGCCGUGGCGUCCAGCGGUUACCUAGGCAGCCAGCAGCAGGCGGCGUUCCGAGCCAUGGACCGACGCAUGCUCCUGUACCCGCUGGUGUUUGUUCUGUGCUGGGGCCCAGCCGUGUGCCUGGCCUUCCUGCGGGUCGCCAAGCCCUCGGCGUGUCAGGGCAGGGUCGGCGUCGUCCUCUACAUCUCACAGGCCUUCACCUCGGCCUCCCAGGGUUUCCUCAACUGCCUGGUCUACGGCUGGACCGGAGCGCGCCUCCGCGGCGCUGGGAGGACGGUCCUGCGCCGGGACGUGGACACUCAGACGCCGCUGCUGCGAUGGCAGAAGAGAAGCUACCAGGCGCUGCCCAGCAUCAGCUGAGGGGAAACUCAGGAGCUGACGGACUGAGGAGUCUGAACUUUCACCUGAACUGAGGGAAAACACCGCGAGCAGAGCACCGACGCUUCCACCGAUGAGAAAAGGAGAAGAGGGAGUUUACAGCGACGCACAAAACAGGAUUUGAAAGCCCAGGUGGCUCCGUCAGCCCGUUGUCCGCUGAGGCCGGAGCGCUGUGAAAACACAUAGAUGUGAAAACAGAGACUGAAAACAGUUUGUCAGAAUCCGUGAGAGCAGCUGAAGGAGAAUGGCUGUUUUCAGCUUCGUAGAAAUGUGUGAUGCUCAUUAAACCUCCUCUGCAUUUGUG